GUUCAGAGUUUUCGCUAUGGAGUUCGUGAUGUUAGUGGUGAUCGCAUUGGCAGCUGUUGUAGCUUCAGUCAACGACAAAGACUGCAAAUGUCCGAAACCGCGUCGUUGCCCCUUCAUUCGGCCACAUCUUUGUCGCCCAUGUCGUCCUUGCCGUUGUGUCUGUAGUCCCUGUGAAACUGCAACAGGACGCUUCGGGCAUUGCGAAGAUGGUUGGACUCACUAUGAAAAGACUGAUGCUUGCUAUAAGGUAUUUCACUGGAAAAACUUUGACGAAGCAGAGAGUUUUUGUCAGACGAAAGGAGGACAUUUGGCUUCUAUCCACAGCUUUGAGGAAAAUAAAUUUGUGACCGAGCUGGCAGAGACGGGUGUCAAGGGAGAUACACACACAAAAGCUACUUGGAUAGGGUUAAAGCAAGCUGAGUGGCCGCGAAGUAAAGAGUGGACCUGGACAGACGGCACGAGAGUUGAUUAUUCACCGCCAUGGGCUCCGAAUCAACCGGAUAAUCUUAACGAGGAGCACUGUACACAGUUAUUCAGUGAUAUAAUGGUUCACAAGGAUCAUGAUUAUCAGAAAUGGAAUGACUGUCAUUGCCGGGACUCGAUGAGGGCAUUUGUGUGCAAGAAAAAGGCUCUCCACUAACCCGCAAUUUUGUUUAGUGAGGGGCAGUCUUGAAUUAAUUCUCGCACUUAUCAACGAAAGUCAUUGCUUUUCUGUUACAUAAACACUCGAGCAAAC